GUGUUUCAUUUUUGAUAAAUUGAGGCUUUAAAAAAUAUGACAAUUUCAAAGAUGCCCCUUAGGACAGCUAUAAAGUGGCCUAAGUAUUAUGGUUUUGACAUUGUUGGUCAAGGGCCCUGUUUUGUUCUCCUUGUUCAGAAGAACAGUGUGGCGUACAAUUCUGGGCUUCAGCCAGGAGACCAGAUCCUGGAGCUGGAUAGCCAUGAUGUGACACACUUGAGUGCUGAUGCCAUUAAAGCACUUGCUAAGCAUAGUAGAACUCAGCCUCCAACACUUGGUGUUGUUUCCAGGCUGCUUCACGUGGAUGUUGUGGGACAGAAGCCAAUGGGACUCGGUUUUGUGGUGCACGAGGACCGUCCUGUCACAGUGUGGACUGUGGAAGAAGGCGGACCCGCCCAGAAAGCUGGAAUCAGACCAGGUGACAUCAUUGUGGAAGCAAAUGGUAGAGUGGUGAACUCAGCAGUGGACCUGAAACCCUUGCUGCCGAUCCACUCCCGCAUGGUUCCAAUCAGCUUUAUACCGGUGGGAAUGCCACAUACAGCCUCCCUGAACAGCCACUCAAAGACUAACGGGCAGUCACCCAGCCAGGGCGCCCGGGUCAGGAGGGCUAAAGAUCUGCAUGAUAUGAUGAAUGAAAUUCUGGGUGAGGAUUAUGAGAAGAAAAUGGCCGUGGUGGGUGUCUUGAAACAGUAUGCGGAGGAUCGUGACAUCGACAUGCUGGCACGUGCUCUGUCAGUCGUACUGAAAACGCCGCAACAACGCAGGCUACUGCGGCAGAUCAGGCCAUUUAUUCCACCCCGCCAACGGGUCAGGUUUGACGAGAUCACACGGCAGCAGCAACAGUAUAUGGCCAAGAUCUCGAAUCUGGACAGACAGAACAGCGGCACUCAAACCACUGCGCACAAACUCGGGCAAAGGAGAGCUGUGCAGAUAGUGCGGGAGGGUGGAAGUUUUGGUUUCGUUGUGAAGGGAAGUAACCCUGCCUAUAUUGAGACUGUGGACCAUAACGGGGCUGCAGACAAGGCAGGCCUUCAACCAGGGGACUUUAUCGUCAAACUAAAUGGCAUAGAUAUCAGGAAGUGCAGCCAUGGUCACUUGGUUCACCUGUUGCAGGACAGCGGUACCUCCCCAAUCCUGGAGAUCCUCCGCUGUGACCCCGAACAGUACCCUGCAGAUUCUGGAAACGAGCACUCGGGCUCGUCUGUCUCCUCAAGCUCCAGCCACGCCGAGUCUGACUGGCUCUCCCCUGACAAUACUCUCAUAGUGGACAAGGAGGGCAGGUCGUACCUGGAAAAAGCCGAGUACCUUCUGACUAGCAGGGAGAAGUCUCGAAUCCACAAAAUGUGGCUGGAGUAUGAAACUACAUGCAAUAUAGUGGAGCUGUAUGAGUCCGUGUCGAAGGUUUUGGACACGCCAUCCAAGAAGACGUUAUGGAUGUUCAUUAUUGCUCGUCUCUCCCCGCCGCACCAGCUUUACUGUAUCAACCAGAUCAGCCUACCCAGACAAACACUCCUUGAGUGUGUUGACCAGCAGGAGCAGAAUUCUUAUUCCCGAAGUCAGAGCUGGCCCAACGAAGUUGAGAGCGUGGCAGCUUCAGGAUGGGGUUCAAAGAAAGCAAGUAUCGAAAUCUCCUCAUUCCAGCAACAAGUGGAGUACCUGCUAACCUCAUGCGAGAGGGCUGGGCUCAAGAAAGCUCUCCAACUCUACUCAGAGGACAGGAAUGUUGACCACCUUCUUGGGGACCUGAGGGUGAUUUUGGACACGCCAUCGAAGCGUACAUUGUGGAUGUACAUUGUGCCUCUUCUUACCAUCCCACAUCAGGAUGUCGUUCGGCAACGACUCAACAAGUCCACAGACACAGACAGCACAACAUCAACACAGACUCUGCCGGAUGAGCGACAUUCAUUUCUGUCCUCAGAAGAUGAUGAACAUGACUUGUUCUCCAAAACUGGUGAACGAAAGCAGCUGUCAAAACCCGGGUCUGUACGAGGUGUGGAUUCGUCCAUAAUGCGUGAACUAGAGGAGACUCGGCGAGCCGUGCAGGAGGUCCGUGAGUUUCUCACCAGAGGCAAAGACAAUGGCCUCUUGUCCUUAGAUGCGGACCAAACGCGGUAUGUGACAGUGAUACCAGUGGACCAGCGCAUGCAGGAGGCCUCCCUGCACACCCCCAUCAACAUACAGCUGCCUGGCCAGACCUUCCCCCAGGCCUACCAACUCUACACACCCAGGGUAUCAUCGGGCUACCCGGGGGUCUACAACCAUCUUCCACCAUCCCCCCUUCUCACACCCGUGUCGGCCCAACCCCUAUUCAGCCCGUCUAACAGUCAGGCACAUUCAAGCCCAGGGGCAUCCCCAUCCAGGAGUGGAUCUAAAUUGCCAAAGUUCCCUGCCAACUUCAUGCACAGUGACUCUGAAGACGAAGUUUCACAAAAGAAUUCCCACAGCAGGUUGAAGAUACCUCCAAGUUUUAUUAUCAACGGCCCAGAGGAUGGGGAUAAUAGGCUGACGAUUCCUGCCAACUUCAUGACAAGUGGCACCGAGAGUGAUGCGGAGUCUGACAUGGCCAAGGCAACUCAUGCUCAGAUGCUCAGUUCCAAGUUUGCUAAGAUGGGAGGUAACACAUUCAACAGACAUGCACUGACGGCGUUGAAGCAGCUGGAUGCAGCCGUGGCAGCGGAGGUGUCAGAUCUAGAACAUGGAGGGGAAAUGUUGACUACCCCUGGACAGUUGACCGCACCAGGGGGAAGGACUGCACCACCCCCACCUCCGCCACCCCCACCUCCGCCAAUGGCGCCCCCUCCACCUGCUCCGCCCAUAUUGUGGAGUGACACGUCACCCCAGAUGAAUGUGAAGAGGAUCAACUGGGAGAAAUUGGAUGGCCAGAGGGUUGGGAACACCGUCUGGGAACAGAUUGGUGAGGCAAAUGACCUUGAAGACGUUGUUCGCUACCUGGAACUGGAACAGUACUUUUCCACCAAGUCUCCCAGACAAAGGAGCACGCCCUGUUCCCGGAGACUGUCCCUAUGUACAUGUGUAAAACACCAGCUUGCCUCCUCUAUGGACACACUCAAACUUAUGAAAAAAUUACCGGACAAGAAAACUGAAGUGUGCAUCUUGAAUUCAAAGAAGGCGUACAACAUCUCGAUCCUGCUCGGUCACCUGAAGCUAUCCCUGGGCGAGGUGCGGCAGGCUCUCUACAUGCUAGACGAGGCUAUCCUCACUCCAGAACUCCUCCGACAACUCCUCGCAUAUGCUCCUAACAAACAAGAGAUGGAGCAGCUAGACUCAUACAAUGGUGACAUUGAAGAGCUGAGUAGAGCAGACCGCUUCACGUAUGAGAUGAGUCGAGUGCCAGGGUAUGAACAGAGACUGAAGGCCCUCGUGUUCAAAGACAACUUCCAGGAAAAAAUUACCGAAAUGAAAGAGCAUCUCCAGUGUAUACGGAAGGCUUCCUUGGAAUUGAGACACAGCAAACGGCUCUCUAAGAUACUCGAGCUGAUCCUGGCCAUGGGCAACUACAUGAACCAGGGAAACCACAGGGUGGGGCAGGCAGCUGGCUUCAAGAUAAGCUUCCUAUCACAGUUGGAGAUCACAAAGACGGCAGACAACAAACUCACAUUCCUGCACGUGUUGGCGGAGGCUGUUUUCUCCAAGUUUCCUGAGCUGGUUGCAGUCGGGGAAGAACUUACAACAGUGCCAACUGCAGCCAAGUACUCCAAUGUGUUGUUGAACCAAGAGCUUCAGGACCUCCGAAAGGUUUUACAGGAUAUAUCAGUGACCCUAGAGAAGUUUGGUUCACAGAAGACGAGUCUGGGAAUCAACGACAAAUUCCAGGAUGUGAUGGGACACUUCAUUUCACAAGCUUCUGAUGAAAUACAGGGACUUUUUCGACUAAAUGCUAAAACGAUGGAAGAGUUCCAAGCUACGGUGCAGUUUUUCAGUGAAGACCCAAAGAAGGUUACUACAACUGAGCUGUUUGGGGUCUUUGCAGACUUUGUUACUAAGUUUGAGAAAGCCCAUCGCUACAAUAUGGUUUACAAAAGGCAACAUGACAAAGCGUAGCAGCCUCACGAUCAUUGUAAUAACUGAGUAUGUUGGGUAAAUACAGAUACAAUGUAGAUAUUUAUUUUCAAUUAACAUAAAAUUCACUUUGAAAUUUCCUUUUCUCAUGCGAACAUGGAGUUUUUGUCUCAUUGUGUUCAGCAUAAAGGGUUUCUCUCAAAAGUGGAAUGUGAUACAGCUAUUGUGAAUAGACUGUAGAACACUAUAUAGUUCCUACACAACUAAAAUGUUAUAUAUGCAUUUAUGACAGUUAAGUGUGCAAUUGUGUAUCUUUUAAAUUUUGUAUGAACAUGUGUUUAUGUUGUUACAUCAUGAAUAU